UAUUGAAGGCUUUGGAAUUCAGUCUGACCACUCGUUACGUUCAGAAUGGGCGGGUUAACCGUUAAUGUGAAGCAGGGGUGGCUUCGCGGUACUAGGGAGAAAAGCUCUGUAGGAGGAUCUUACAUAUCUUUCAAUGGGAUUCCCUUUGCAGCACCUCCCGUAGGAAAUUUAAGAUUCGCGGAUCCUAGACCUCCACUACCAUGGACCGGCGUGCGAGAUGCUUCAAAAGAAGGGCCGAAGUGCAUCCAAUUCGAUUUAAUGACGUCGGCAAUAGUCGGUGAAGAAGACUGCCUAUACCUGAACGUAGCGACAACAUCGUUGCAAGGAUCGCGACCGGUGAUGGUUUGGAUUCACGGAGGAGCUUUCAUCUUGGGUGACGGGAGCUCGGCCAUGUACAGCCCUGACUACCUGAUGAAGACCGACAUUGUCUUUGUUUCGAUACAAUAUAGACUCGGCGUUUUAGGGUUUCUGCAACUCGAUCAUGAGGUGAUGCCGGGAAAUGCGGGUCUAAAGGAUCAAGUAGCAGCUUUGAAAUGGGUGAAGGAGAACAUCUCUCAGUUUGGCGGUGACUCUAACAACAUAACCAUCUUCGGUGAAAGUGCCGGUAGUGCAUCAGUACAUUACCAUCUUGUGUCCCCACUUUCCAAAGGUCUUUUUCACAAGGCCAUCAUGCAGAGUGGUGUAAUAUUGAAUCCCUGGGUAAUUACUCCUCCGUCAGUCGACUCAGCUCAUCGUCUCGCUGCACUACUUGGAAAGGAAACCACUGAUGUUCACGAGAUCGUCGAGCAUCUGCGCACGAUUCCAGCUCUUCAGCUUAUACAAGCCGAGCUGCAAGUUCCGACUCCAGAGGAUAAAAUCCGCUUCUUAUUCCCAUUUCGGCCGAGUAUUGAUGACAAAAGUGAACAACCAUUCCUACCGAAAAACGCGAAAGAACUUGCUGCGAAGGGUAUCGACGUACCGGUGAUAAUCGGAUACAACAGUCACGAGGGAUUGUUUUUCUUGAUGGGACUUGUGGACGAGACACUUGAAACAGUGGAUAAAAACUUCGAGGUUGUAGUGACUGAAAAUUUGAUCGCUGAAAAUCCAUCAAAAAUAUCCGAGGUAGCAAGUGAAAUAAGAAAUUUUUACUUCAAAGAUAAAUCAGUCACUCGAGAGACAUUGGAUGACUACGUCCAAUGUUAUGGUGAUUUAUACUUCGUUAAUGGAGUCCUAAAGACAGUUGAAUAUCAGCAGAAGAAACCAAAGACACCGACCUACUUGUACAAAUUUACUCGCGAAAAUCCUCAAUCCAUGGGCAAACUUCUCUUCAAGGUGCCGCUAAAAGGCGCUGCACACGCUGACGAACUCCCUUAUCUCUUCCAUGCGAAGCUGCACGCCGAUCUGUUCAAAUUCGAACCAAAUUCUAUCGAGCAAAAGUUAUCCGAUGCAAUGGUCAAAAUGUGGACGGAUUUCGCAAAAACUGGAAAUCCAACACCUCAGACUGACAAUGAUUUGAUACCAGUAAAAUGGAGCCCAGUAACACGAACAAGUAAGAAUUACCUAGAAAUUGGCGACGAGCUUUCUGCCCGAGCAAAUCCUGACGAAGAGGUAUCUCAGCUGUUCAACCGUAUCUCUGAUAUCGUUAAGAGUCAAUAGAACGUCGCUAUGAGGAAUACUUCUCAUGUGACCAGUGGGUGGAACGAAUUAUCAUCUUCUAGGACUCCGCUUGAACUUCAUCAUAUCUUGUCAUGAAGCAUAAACGCUGUUGUACUUAUUUCAGGACUAAACGAUUUUGAUGAGACUUUGACUUAAAUAUAACCCUGUCUAGAUACA